AUGAAUGACCUCAUACGACUGAUCGUCAGCCGAAGCGAGUACGAUAUGGUGGAUAUAAAAAAGCAAUUCCAAGAAUUGUACAAAACUUCUCUAGAAGAAAUGAUUAAGGCCCAUUGUUCAGGAAUUUGUAAGGAUGUGCUUGUUGCUCUCGUUAGAGGCACUAAUGAUGACUUGCUACGUAAGCCUUCUCUCCUCUGCACCUGCACUCAUAAGUUACAGUAA